CAUUAGUGCUGGUUGGAGGGAGAGGGGGGAGAGGAGCCGCUGGGCGGCUGUUCCCACAGCGGCGAGCAGAGCGGGGCUGCCAUGGCGCUGGCCAGGCCUGGGGCCCGGGACCCCAGGCCCAUGGUCUCUCUCCUGCUGCUGCUGCUGCCCUGGGCCCCUGCCUUUGGCUUCCUGGCUGGGACAGCGCCCUCAGAGACCCAGAGCGCCUGUGCCUCAGACCCAUGCGCCCCAGGAACCGAGUGCCAGGCCACGGACAGCGGCGGCUACACCUGUGGGCCCGCAGAGCCCCGGGGCUGUGCCAGCCAGCCCUGCCACCACGGCGCUCUGUGUGUGCCCCACGGUCCAGAUCCUCACGGCUUCCGCUGCUACUGCGUGCCUGGCUUCCAGGGCCCGCAAUGCGAGCUGGACAUUGACGAGUGUGCAUCCCAGCCCUGCCACCACGGGGCCACCUGCCGCAACCUGGCCGACCGCUUCCAGUGCCACUGCCCCCUGGGCUAUGCAGGCGUGACCUGCGAGGCCGAGGUGGACGAGUGCGCCUCGGCGCCCUGUCUGCACGGGGGCUCGUGCCUGGACGGCGUGGGCUCCUACCGCUGCGCGUGCACGCCGGGCUACGGGGGUGCCCGCUGCCAGCUGGACCUCGACGAGUGCCAGAGUCAGCCGUGCGCACACGGGGGCGCGUGCCACGACCUGGUCAACGGGUUCCGGUGCGACUGCGCGGGCACGGGCUACGAGGGCGCGCGCUGCGAGCAGGAGGUGCUGGAGUGCGCGUCGGCGCCCUGCGCGAACAACGCGUCCUGCCUCGAGGGCCUCGGGAACUUCCGCUGCCUCUGCUGGCCAGGCUACAGCGGCGAGCGGUGCGAGGUGGACGAGGACGAGUGUGCCGCGGCCCCCUGCCAGCACGGCGGCCGGUGCCUGCAGCGCUCCGACCCGGCCCUCUACGGGGGCGCCCAGGCCGCCUUCCCCGGGGCCUUCAGCUUCCGCCACGCCGCGGGCUUCCUGUGCCACUGCCCUCCCGGCUUUGCGGGGGCCGACUGCAGCGUGGACAUGGAUGAGUGUGCGUCGCGACCCUGCCUCCACGGGGGCCGCUGUCAGGACCUGCCCAGUGGCUUCCGGUGCCACUGCCCGGAUGGCUUCGCAGGCGUCACGUGUGAGGAGGACGUGGACGAGUGCCUGUCGGAGCCCUGCCUCCACGGCGGACGCUGCGAGGACGCGGUGGCGGGCUACAGCUGCUGGUGCCCGGAGGCCUGGGGCGGGCCUGACUGCGCCGUGCGGCUCACUGGCUGCCGGGGCCACACCUGCCCGCCGGCCGCCACCUGCGUCCCUUCCUUCGAGUCUGGGGUCCACAGCUUUGUGUGCCGCUGCCCCCCUGGGACUCACGGACCUGCGUGUGACCAGAAUACCACCUUCUCCGUGGUGGCCGGGAGCCCCGUGCGUGCCGCAGUGCCGGCCGGUGGCCCCCCAGGGCUGGCACUGAGGUUUCGCACCACGCUGCCAGCUGGGGUCUUGGCCACUCGCACCGACACCCAGGACAGCCUGGAGCUGGCGCUGCAGGGGGCGACCCUGCGGGCCACACUCUGGCGCCACGGCACCUCUGCGCUCGUUUUGAGACUGCCGGAUCUCGCCCUGAACGACGGCCGCUGGCACCCGGUGGAGGUGGCGCCCCGCCCGGGGAGCCUGGAGCUGCGCCUGUGGCAUGAGGGCUGCCCCGCCCGGCUCUGUGUGGCCUCCGGCCCCGUGGCCCUGCCCCCUACGGCUUCCGUGGCCCCAGUGCCUGAGGGCCCCUGCUCGGUCCAGCUGGGCGGCGCCGUCUUUGCGGGCUGCCUCCAGGACGUGCACGUGGACGGGCGCCUCCUGCCGCCGGAGGCGCUGGCCGGAAACGUGCUCGUGGGGUGCGCGCGCCGAGAGCAGUGCCAGCCUCUGCCCUGUGCCCACGGAGGGGCCUGUGUGGACCUGUGGACCCACUUCCGCUGCGAUUGCCCCCGGCCUCACAGCGGCCCCACGUGCGCAGAUGAAGUUCCUGCUGCCACCUUUGGCUUGGCGGGCACCCCGAGCUCGGCCUCCUUCCUGCUGCCCGAGCCCCCGGGCCCCAACCUCACCGUGUCCUUCCUCCUCCGCACGCGGGAGCCGGCUGGCUUGCUGCUGCAGUUCGCCAAUGACUCAGCCACCAGCCUGACCGUGUUCCUGAGCGAGGGCCGGAUCCGGGCCGAGGUGCCAGGCGGUCCUCCCGUGGUGCUCCCCGGACGCUGGGACGACGGGCAGCGCCGUCUGGCGACGCUCAGCUUCGGACCCGACCAGCUGCAGGGCCUAGGGCGGCAGGUGCACGUGGGCGGGAGGCUCCUGCCUGCCGACGCCCAGGCCUGGGGCGGCCGCUUCCGAGGCUGCCUGCAGGACCUGCGGCUCAACGACCUCCGCCUCCCCUUCUUUCCCCCGCGCUUGGAGAACUCGAGUCGGCCUGGGGAGCUGGACGGCCGGCAGGCCCGGAACCUCACGGUGGGCUGCGUCUCCGAGGACGUGUGCAGCCCCAACCCCUGUUUCAAUGGUGGGACUUGCCUUGUCACCUGGAAUGACUUCCAGUGUACCUGUCCUGACAACUUCACAGGGCCCACCUGUGCCCAGCAGCUGUGGUGCCCUGGCCAGCCCUGCCUCCCCCCUGCCACCUGUGAGGAGGUUCCCGAUGGCUUUGUCUGUGUGGCCGAGGCCACGUUCCGCGAGGGCCCCCCGGCAGAGUUCAGCGGGCGCAACGUGUCCUCGGGGCGCGCGCUCAGCGGCCUCUCGCUCGCCUUCCGCACGCGCGACACGGAGGCCGGUUUGCUGCGCGCCGCUGCGGGCGCCCACGCCGCCACCGUCUGGCUGGAGGUGCGCAACGGAUCCCUGGCGGCCGGCGUGCGCAGUGGCCCGGGCCUGCCCGGCGCCGUGCUGCCCGCGCCCGGGCCGCAUGUGGCCGACGGCGCCUGGCACCGGGUGCGCCUGGCCAUGGAACGGCCCGCGGCCGCCGCCUCGCGCUGGCUGCUCUGGUGGGACGGCGCGGCGACGCCCCUGCUCCUGCACGGCCUGGCCGGCGACCUGGGCUUCCUGCGGGGCCCCGGCGGCGCGCGCCUGCUGCUGGCGGACAACUUCACCGGCUGUUUGGGCCGCGUGGCGCUCGGCGGCCUCCCGCUGCCUCUGGCGAGGCCGCGGCCCGGCGUGGGCCCAGGAGCCCGGGAGCACUUCGCGGCCUGGCCCGGGACACCCGGCCCGAGCCCCGGCUGCCGCAGCGCGCCCGUGUGCGAGCCCUCGCCCUGCCUGCACGGCGGCGCCUGCCGAGACCUCUUCGACGCCUUCGCCUGCGCCUGCGGCCCCGGCUGGGAGGGCCCACGCUGCGAGGCCCGGGCCGACCCGUGUCACUCGGCGCCCUGCGCCCGUGGCCGCUGUCACGCACGCCCCGACGGCCGCUUCGAGUGCCGCUGCCCGCCCGGGUUCGCGGGCCCGCGCUGCAGCGUGCCUGUGCUGGCCGAGGGCUGCAGCCUGAACAUCACCUGCCUCGACGGUGGCCCCUGUGAGGCUGGGCCCCAGGCCACCAACUGCAGCUGCCCCGAGGACUUGGCUGGCCCCAGGUGCCGGGUGCCUGUCCUCCCGUGCGACGCCAACCCGUGCCUGAACGGGGGCACGUGCCAGGCGGCUGGCGGGGCAUCCGAAUGUAUCUGCAGCGCCGGCUUCUCCGGCCGCUUCUGUGAGGUGGCGAAGGGCCUGCCCCUGCCGCUCCCGUUCCCGCUGCUGGAGGUGGUGGUGCCUGCGGCCUGUGCCUGCCUCCUCCUCCUCCUCCUGGGCCUCCUCUCGGGGAUCCUGGCCGCCAGAAAGCGGCGCCAGUCAGAGGGCACCUACAGCCCGAGCCAGCAGGAGGUGGCCGGGGCCCGGCUGGAGAUGGACAGCGUCCUCAAGGUGCCGCCCGAGGAGAGACUCAUCUAGGCUGGCCCGGCUACACGGAGGGCCUGCAGCAUUUCUACCCCGGGACACCUGCUGGGGACGGCCCCCCUCGGCUGGCAGCCCCUGCCCCUUCCCGCCGUGGGCCGGGGAAAAGGAGUAACUCAGGGAAGCGGAGAGGGGCCUGGCGGGGUUGUGGAGGUCUUCCUCUGACCGCCGGGUCUGCCGGGGCAGGUGCAGGAUGCGCGUGGGAGGGCACGCAUGUGUGUGUGUGCACGUGUGUGCCAGGCUCCUUCUCGUGCUGUAUGUGAAUGUGACAGUGCAGCAGGUGCACGUGUGACAACCUUUACAGCUUCCGGGAGGCCAGGCCAGGGCUCCCCCAGGCACCAGGGCUCCCACCCCUGGGUCUUCUCCCCUGGCUGGGGCCGCCCCUGCCCCAGAGGCAGCUGGGAAAUUGGGGCAGGCCAUUCCUGGAGCUGUGCGGGUUCCUGGCUGGUGAACGCAGUUCCUUUACUGCCCGGGCCCUGGGCCACACACACGCGGGGGCCACACACACGCGGGGGCCACAGCCCGCCCUGCCCCACAGAGGAGGGCUGCCCGGAGCUUUCCCGCCCGCUGUGGGCCCCUGCCUACCUCACAGUGUCCUUGUCCUUUGUGGCGUCUUCCCUGGAGAGGGUGGAUAAGGGGCCUUCCUGGGGCCUGACAAGGAGGCUAGCGCAGGCGAGGAGGUGACAGCCUUCCCACCACCAGCCCCCGACUCACCUGGGCACUGUCCAGGCGCCCAGUGCACGGCCGUGGGGGGACUUGGGGAGAGGAGCAGAGGACGCCUUGCUGAGCCCAGGUGCCCUGUGUGGACUGGGCCUGCAGAGCACGGCCAGGGCCGGCACGGAGACCUUGGGCCCCAGAGGACCCCUGCCUGCUGACCUGGCCUUCAAGGAGUCCUCCUGUCCCCGGCCUGUGUCCCAGGCCAGUGCCUCCCGUGACCGCGGGCUCCAUGUGCUGAGGCCAGGAGAGUUCUUUACUCUUUGAAAGGAAGGCCAGUCCUCCCUGGCUCCCAGAAUGCACAGGGUUGGGGGGGGCUGAAGGCCACCCUGAGAGGCUCUGCAUCCCUGGGGCAGGGGCCGCACCUGGGACCAACACGCUGCUUCCUUGGGAUUGUGGGGGUCAGGGAUUUGGCAUACGUGGGGUCUCCAGAAAGCUCAUGAGGGACCGGUAUUAGGAGAAACCUGUGCGUGGAUUUCAGACUUCAUUUUUGCACCAAAAAGCAGCUGGUCUUUUGGUGCUGUUUUCCCUGACCGCUCGGAAGCACCCUCCUGUCGCUAAGAGCUGGUUGCUUUCUAGCGGGGGGGGGGUGGGGGGUGGAAGGGGGGCCAGAUUGGGGGUGUGGUGGCCUCUGUGGAUGGACAGAUCUCAAAGACAGGGAGGCCAAGGCUCUGUGCUGGCCAGUGGGAGCUCUGUGGGGCGACUCUCCAGGUGUCCACUUGACCUUGUUCUUUGCUGGGGCCCUGGGGGAUCGCAACAGUGUGGUCCCAGCAGGUGUCAGCAACCCAUCCCUCCUGUCCUAGGGGGUGAGCUGGCUUAGAGCCCUGAGUGGGCGUGGACUUGGGGGCCGGCCGGGGGCUGGCCCUUCCCUAAGUGCCUUGCCCUUGGCCUCCUUGGUGAGGCCGGCUGAGGCCUACCCGGGGCCUCCCUUCCCCAAGGACACAGGUCUCACUGAACAUGCAGGGGUCAAUGCAGCGAGUGAAGAGGCAGCCGUGAUCUUGUGAAUGUGGGGCACCUGCUCCCCAGACAGCCAGGGGACUGUGGGGUGCACUCUGCUGCUCUGGGGCCCCUCCAGUCUCUGCCCCACAGGGGGCACUGCCCUGUCCCUAAUGGGGUCUGGGGGGGUGUGCCCCCAAUGGGGAGGGGUGCAGCCGAAAUACCUGAGUAUCAGGGUGGGUGCACAGGGCCCCGGCAGCUGGAGAACACGCUGGAGACCAGGAGGGGUGGCCUGUCCUGUAGGGUCACGGGUGACCAGGGUCGGCGGGGCCUGGCUGGCCCGCUGCACCAGCAACCGGACACACAGCAGCUCCCUGGGGUCAAGGGGACCUAAGGGACCCCCGGUCCCCGUCAGACGCCCCUGGGGAGAUGGGUCUGACCACUGACGAAUAGGAAAUGAGAAAUCAGGUCAAAAUGCUCCCAAUUUCCUGCACGUCUCAGAUGUUGUUUUCUUACGUGGUUGGGCCGUAUUGUAACCUGGUUUAUUGAAAGGAGUCCGUUUCAAGAUUCAUCAAAUCAAUAAAGCGAAGAGGAAAAGAAAGAUGAAAGAAACAAUAACAACAUUUCAAUUUAA